GUCGAUUGUUUUUUCGAGCUCUGUCAGCUGAACCUCAGCUGAUCGGAAACAGAAACUCGGUCUUUGAGAGGUUAGAGGCAGAGAUCAGUAAGAAAUGGAUGAGGCCAUAGCCGAUACAAGAAGGUUGAUGUCUAAACCACAAAACUUGAACGACGCAUAUGGACCCCCCAGUAACUUUCUAGAGAUUGACGUGAGUAACCCCCAGACUGUUGGGGUUGGCAGAGGGAGGUUCACCACUUACGAGAUCAGACUGAAGACAAAUCUUCCAAUUUUCAAGUUGAAGGAAACCCGUGUCCAAAGAAGAUACAGUGACUUUGAGUGGCUGAGAAAUGAAUUAGAAAGGGAGAGCAAGGUCGUGGUGCCCCCUCUACCAGGAAAAGCUUUCUUCCGUCAGCUUCCUUUUCGAGGAGAUGAUGGGAUAUUCGAUGACUCAUUUAUUGAAGAAAGGAGGCAGGGGCUGGAGCAGUUUCUAAACAAAGUGUCCGGACACCCCUUGGCACAAAAUGAACGCUGUCUUCAUAUGUUUCUGCAAGACGAGUCAGUGGACAAAAGCUACACACCUAGCAAAAUAAAACAGACCUAAUACAGCAGGGAUGGACAAAGCAGUAAUACGAUCUGUAUUUUUAUGAUCCAAAGUCCACAGAUUAUGGCUGAUUUUGGAGUAUGCUUCCGACAAUUACUUGAUAAACUCAUUAGCGAGCUCAUUCUAAACAAAUUAUUAUAUUCUUUGUUUGUGUUAAUUGUCCAAUGUUCCUGUUUUAGUUUUUAAUAAGUAUGAACGCUACAAAGAUUAUGCAUAUCAAGCACUGAUAAUCUCUUACAUAAAAACACCACUAAUUCUCAUGAUAUUGGUCACUAACACUGAAACUUUAAAAUAUGACCACCCUACAAAAAACAUGUUCGUCAAAGUGUACACAGCCUUAAUAAAAUGUUUUGUCAGAUAUUGUCUUUUUAAAAUGUUAUUUUGGUUCUAAUUUGAUUUGUAAUUAAUGCCUUCCUUGCAUUAAAAAACAUGUUUUCUGAUAACAACUCCUUGAAGCUUAUUUUGAUUUAUUUUACUGACACAGUACUGAGGGAAUAACUUCAUUUAUACUCUGUAAAUUCAAAUUUACUUCAAGCUAUACCAUUUUGUUUACAUUGACAUUUUUCAAUAAAGAAAAAUAUGAAACGCAAAUCUAUA